CAACAGCUAGUUAGCGUGACGUCACGCGCCUUGUCCAGAAACGGCUAGCUAGCGGCACGUCACGUGCGUUGUCUGGCAACAGCUAGUUAGCGUGACAUCACGUGCCUUGUCCAGAAACGGCUAGCCAGCGGCACGUCACGUGCCUUGUCUGAUACCAGCUAGUUAGCGUGACGUCACGUGCGUUGUCUGACACCACCUAGUUAGCGUGACGUCACGUGCCUUGUCCAGAAACAGCUAGCCAGCGGCACGUCACGUGCGUUGUCUGGCAACAGCUAGUUAGCGUGACGUCACGCGCCUUGUCCAGAAACAGCUAGCCAGCGGCACGUCACGUGCGUUGUCUGAUACCAGCUGUUAGCGUGACGUCACGUGAGUUGUCUGACAGCAGCAGCUGAGUUAUGUUCCGUUAAAUACUUUGUGUUUAGAUCCCAGCUGUUCACCUUCAGUUUAUUUAAUACUCACGUUUCUUAUUUAAUGAGGGUCCAUGUGCAUAGAAAACACUCAAUCUACUUCAGUUAUUUAUUUACGCACUUUAUUGUUAUUAUUUAUUAUCUGGUGAUUAUUUUGGAUUUCCAGGUCCAGAAAGUUGCUAGUUUUUCAUCUAAUUUGUACUUAUUUCUACAUUUAGUAGCUUAAUAGUAACAUUUAAUUUACAUAAACUACUUUAAAUACUGUGAAGUUGACCUGUGGCUGAUUGGUUCUGGGUUUGUUAAGGUUCAUAAGCCUGACAGUGGGAACCGAACCCUCAUGCAGUCCGUAAGUGGGGCAUUCUGAUUAUUCCUAAUUACUCUACUGCUCUUUAAUGCAUAUAUAUAUGCACACACAUGUGUGUGUGUGUGUGUGUGUGUGUGUGUAUAUAUAUAUAUAUAUAUAUAUAUAUAUAUUAGUUGAAACCAUAUACAUAAUAUAUAAUUUGUACAUUUUUUCUUAAUAUUGCAAAGCAACUAACGCUUUAAAUACAUAUAAUCCUAGAGAGAAGUAAAAACUACACUUAUUUUUAUGAAACGUCGGCGUCGCCUGACUUCCUGUUAUGUCUGGCUGUCUGGUGAGCAUGACCCACACACGCACACACGCACACACACACGCGCUCUGUCUCAGGCAGUCUGGAUCCCACAGAAGACACACAGACACACAAGACGGCCGCGUCUCGUCACACGCAGCACAUCACCGUCCCGGUGAGUGGAUGUACCUGUCUGAACACGUUACUGCGUCCGUCUCUCUUUGUCUCUGUGUCUGUCCGAUCAGUACUUUGCUCACUGUACUAUUACAUUAGUAAUGUGUAGACAGUACUGUUUUAACAUAGUAGUACAAUAAUGAAAUAACACUAUUAUAGUUCCUCAGUAUUUUAGUACUAUAGUGUUUUAGUAAUGUAGUACUACUAGUAUUACUGCUGUAAUAUUGUGUAGCUGUUUGAGUAGUACUGUUGUCUUGUCCCUCAUGGCUGUCUCCGUUGAUCAGGGGACCAUGUCUGUCCUCGGCCCCGGCAUCGUUCACAGCCUGAUGUUCCAUCGGCAGGGAGGCGACAACGAGGGCUUCGCCAAGCGCGCCAUCGAGAGCCUGCUGAAGAAGCUGAAGGAGAAGAGGGAGGAGCUCGACUCCCUCAUCACCGCAGUGACCACCAACGGCCUCCACCCGAGUAAAUGUGUGACCAUCCAGAGGACGCUGGACGGACGGCUGCAGGUAGCAGGUAGAAAAGGCUUCCCUCAUGUGAUCUAUGCCCGUCUGUGGCGCUGGCCGGACCUCCAUAAGAACGAGCUGAAACAUGUAACCUUCUGUCAGUUUGCCUUCGACCUGAAGUACGACAGCGUGUGUGUGAACCCGUACCACUACGAGAGAGUGGCGCCCCCCGCCGCCGCAGGUCCAACGUCUCUGAUGAAGGAGGAGUUCAUGAUGGACUCACCCCCCCACUCUGACCUCUACAGCCAGCUCCGCUCUCUCAGCAUGUAUCUCAACAUGCCCCUCUCUCCUGCAGCCUCCUGCAGGGUCACCGCGCAGGUCACAGGGUCACAGCACCACAGCUCUUCCCCGUAUCUACAACCAGUGUCCAAGCACCCCGAGUUCUGGGGCUCCAUCUGCUACUUUGAGUUGGAUGUGCAGGUCGGGGAGAUGUUUCAGGUCCAGUCUAGCUGCGCUGUGGUCACCAUGGACGGCUGCGUGGAUCCUUCAGGCGGAGACCGUCUCUGUUUGGGGCAGCUGAGUAAUGUCCACCGCACCUCGUCCAGCCACCGAGCCAGGCUCCACGUCGGCCGGGGGGUGCAGCUGGAGAGCCGUGGGGACGGGGACGUCUGGAUGCGUUGCCUUAGUGACCACGCGCUGUUCGUCCAGAGUUGGUACUUGGACCGCGAGGCGGGCCGAGCCCCCGGAGACGGAGUCCAUAAGAUCCACCCCGGAGCUUACGUCAAGGUCUUUGACCUGAGGCAGUGUCACAGGCAGAUGCAGCAGCAGGCAACAGCAGUUGUUGGUGCGAUUCCGGGGUCGGGCAGCGUGGGGGGCAUCGCCCCUGCAGGCCGUGUGUGUUCCUCAGCAGACGUCGGCGCGGACGACCUGCGGCGGUUGUGCAUCGUGCGCCUGAGCUUCGUCAAAGGUUGGGGGUCCGACAACCCACGUCAGAGCAUCAAGGACACACCCUGCUGGCUGGAGGUCCACCUGCAUCGAGCGCUGCGGCUGCUCGACCAGGUGCUACACCAGACCACGUGGUCUGACACAGCCGCGCCUCCUCUGUGGGCUUCGGGUGGGCGGGGCUUUGCUCACGGGACGGCCAAUCAGUGGGGUUCAUAAGCUCCACCCCCAGGCCACCGCUUGUUGGUCGGUUCUGAACAGCCUCAGACCAUCAGAUGAGCGCAGCAUCACAGAGCUGACAGCUUUUCAAAAAACCUCGGAGUGAGAUUUUGUCGGGUGACCAACAUGUUGCCGCACACGCAGCUCAUAUAUCAGCAGAUUGUAAUUCACUUGGCGUAGUUCCGCGUUGUACGCUGCUUUCUGGUGGUUGAUCGGGUGCCUGCUGGAGAUGGACACUGGUUACAUUCUGAGCAGCAGACACAGCUGAAGGUUCCCCCCAGGACGUGUUGGUUUACGUAGAGGUUAUUUCAUGCAUUCCAGUGUAUUUUUGGGUGGUCUGCCUGAACUUAUUCUCAUUCAUGUUCAUCUGCUCAUGACUUGAGGGGCCUUCUAGACUUGAGCUGAACAUUCAACCAGAAAACUGUUGCUGUGCCUCAAUGAGCGUCUAUGG